UGGAAAAACAGAAAACUUUUGUCAGAAACGAGAAGAAUUUCAACGCGUUUGGAUGUGUACGCGGUUUAGUCAAAAUAUUUUUUAUAUUCAAUCAAAUAAAUAGUGAAAACAAGCUAAAUUGAAGUGCAAUUCGUGCGCCUUUUGAUCGCUGUCCGACCCACCCACCUGCCGCCUGGCCAUACAACGACGUACAUUACGUACCUAAGUAAUUAACCAGGUGUGGGUGACAGCUGUCAAUAUUUUCUUUUGUGCAAUACACUAAUAUACAAGUGAAACCAGUGUUUGUUGUUUAGUUUUCAUGAAUGAAAACUGGUGGAAUGCCGCUGUAGUGAUUUGUUAAUAUUAGCUACAACGAAUUAGUUAAGCUGUAAAGUUGAAGUGACAAAUUGCUGCAAAGUUUACGCAAAAAAGAAAAAUAAUAAUAAUAACUAAUAAUACAUACGUGCAUACCUAAUAAGUUCAACAAACAAAAGGGCCGUGGUAAAUAAGCUGAAUCUAUGUGCGUGAAGAACUCUGGCUGGUGAUGCCGCAAAGACAACAGCAAUUAAUAGCCAACGUAGGUAUAUUAACCUCGAUAGUAACAUAGUUAAAUCUUCCACAAAAUGGCAGUAAGCUAUGCCUGUCUCGCGGUGCAAUAUGUGGUGGUGCCGACGGUGCUGGUGUUGGCUGCACUAUUUCGUCCUGCCGGUAUUUCGUUCGUGUACCUGUUAAUGUUUUUUAUAACGCCCUUUAUCCCCAUCGCCAACAGUCGUAAUUUCAAAAGUUCUGUUGGACCAUUUUAUAUCAUACUCAUCGCGCUAUGUUCACUACUAUUAUUAUGUCAUAUAGUACUGCAAGUGACAAUAAUUGCAAUGAAGAUCGAGUCGAUCUUCGCUAUGUGUUCAUUUACGCAACAGCUGUUGCGACACAUCGGCUUCAUCAAUCUGCAGGACUUGCAUCCGAUUGCUGCCGCCGAAUGGCAUAUGCCGGAUGUGGUGGUCUUCAUCACAGUGGUGAUUUCAUUUAUAGUCAUAAAGAAAUUGAGCCAGAAACCACCGCCGAUUACAUUGCAAUUGGAAACUGGCGAAAUUAUACCAAUACGCAGUUCAACGGAUAGCGACAAUACGGACGAUGAAGCCUUCUUCGAUGGUCUAAUAAGAAUAUCGCCGCUCUUCUGCCUGGCAAUGCUAUUCGUUAUAGCGGUGCUGCGGCCGUCAGCGCCUGCCGGCUUCUAUUUUCUCAUCUUCUUGCUGAGUGGUUCCUACUGGGCCACCUAUAAUUCGCUGCGUCGCGGUUUCUCCGUGCUGCUGCGUUUCCUAAUGCUGGUGAUCGCUUUACAUUCGGUGUGCAUAGUGGCCUAUCAGACACCUUGGGCGCAAUAUUACCUCAGCAGCGAUAAUUUAAUAGCAAGAUUGAUCGGUCUGGAACCGUUGGUCCUCUCCUCAUGCGAUCGCGACAUACGCGUCAUGAGCUAUAACCUGAAAUACAGUUUCGACUCGUUUAUUCUUCCCAUCCUAAUGCUGUUAACAUACUUUGUGCUAGCGCUGACCGCCAAGUGCCUGAGUAAUCCGAAUGUCACCGCAAAGCCCAAACCCGUCAUAGCCCAAUUAGAAAAUGGCAGUAAAUUAGCUCGUCAAAUAUCACGCAUAACAACGCAUUCAUCGCGUGGUAGUAAAAAAGACAGUUGGAAGCGUGCACAACGUCUGACUGUUUCGUUACGUCGUGACCAACGUCCAAAAACUACUAUCGAACCGACUGAGACGACACCUCUGGUGAAGCGCUUGCGCAAGAGUGACGCAAGAGAUGCUUCAAGUGAUGAAGCUACCAUGGAUCUGCAAGACUCCAAUUCGCCGGAUGUCUUUACGAAUACCAUAUGUGAUCAGAUAUGCUAUGGCUUUAUAAGCAUUGGACAGUUUAUUUAUCAAAACAGUUAUAUUUUUACGAAUAUCUCAAUGAUGACCUGGUCAAUUGUCUAUCACAGUUGGCUGACCUUCGUGCUGUUGCUGUGGGCCAACAUACUCUGGAUGAUACCGAAUCAGCGCAAAGCCAUGAUGCGCUCCAGUCCGUUCAUCGUGUGCUAUGCUGAAUUAUUGCUCAUAGCGCAAUAUGUCUAUGGCAUGAAUCUGAAAAACGACGAAUUACCCUCCAAAGUUGAGACCGCCGGCAUUAAUUUGCAACAAAUCGGUCUCGAGCGUCCGCAAGAGCAUGGCACACAUCCGUGUGUACCGUUAAUUGUGAAAACGCUGUUUCUGCUCAUGUUUUGGGUCACCUCCAGGCAGUUUUUCCAAGAGAAAGCCGAGGAGAAGCUGAUAAAACGUCGUGCACCGGUGGUAAUGCCCAUGGAAACGAUCGAUUCGGAGACAUCUGUGGAAUCGCCAAAUAAGCAUACAUCGAAAUUCCUUAAGAAAAUCGGUGAUAUUGUGAAAAAUCUGUUGGUGCGUCUGUGGAUUUGGAUGUUGGUGUUGGUGAUCUUCUUGUGCGCCAUGACUGGCAAAUUUAUGACCGGUUUUCGCAUAUGCUACAUGGCGCUAUUCCUUUUCUUCUUGCUCGUCUUCCAAUCCUCCUCGAAAGUGUGGGUCAAAGUUAUGUAUGGCUUCUGGCUGUUCAUCAUCUUCUAUGCCAUGUCCAUGCUGAUACUUAUCUACACCUAUCAAUUUGAUAAAUUCGAACAGUAUUGGUAUGAGUACUUGAAUAUAUCACAAACGCUCCAAAACGAUAUCGGUUUGGAGCGUUAUAAAACGAAAGAUCUGUUCCUGCAUCUCGUCUCACCAACGCUGAUUGUCGUCUUAACCGUCAUACAAGUGCAUUAUUUCCAUCGUCGCUUCAUCGAAUCGCUGCAUCAGCGCAAGCCAUCCUUAAUACCAGAUAUGGUGUAUAACAGAGAGAUGGGCAAACCGCCUAAGACAGAGCCGCGUGGCAGUAAUGAGGCAGCCAAACUAUUGGUUUCAUCUCUGAAACGUAUACGCAAAAUAACAAAGCAUUACUUCAUUGUUUCGAAAAAGCUGUUUUGGCGUUUCCUGGAGUUGCACAUCAUAAAAGCCGUUUAUAUUACGGCGUUUGUGUGUGCCGUUAGUCAGGUCUGCGUAAUUCACGUCGUGUUCGUAGCAUUAUGUGUACUGGGUUGUAUAACGCGAAGUUCUAUACAAAUAUUCAUCAGUCGCAUAAUCUCCUUCGUUGUUUCCAUAAUAAUACUAUCGAAGAUGAUCUACCAAAUCGGCUAUUUAACGCACGAAGAUUACGAUGUGAGAUGUCAAAAUGAGGACACGAUACAUGGCAACAGUGCCUUAUGGUUCGGCUUGCAGAAAGCCGAUGAUACCACAAACGGCUUAAUUGGUCUGAUAAAAAUGUACAUCAUCUAUAUGAUCGUCGUUACGCUGCACGCCGUGGUCAGUUUAAGACAAUUCCAAAUGCGCGCAAUGGCCGACAAUGCGGACAAGGCGGAAGCGAAAGUACUCUUCCCGGCGACGGAUCGCGCCAAAGCCGAAACGAAUCUCAAAUCAAUGAUACAAUAUCUUUUCAAUUAUGGUUUUUAUAAAUUCGGACAAGAAAUCUCAUUGAUAAUGCUCGUCACGACAAUUGCUUAUCGUCAGGAUGUGGUAGCGAUUUUCUAUGUGAUCUGGUUGGCUGUGCUGUUGAUGUUUAGCCGCGCCAGGCGCAGCUCAGUGUGGGGCAUAUUCCAAGUGUUCAUUGCGCUGAGCAUUUUUCUGCAAUAUUUAGUUUUGCUCGGAUUGCCGCCGAGCCUGUGUAUCGAUUACCCCUGGGAGAAUUCUCGCUUCUCCGCGCCCAUACAAGGUUGGCUGCUGUUGCCCGGUGGUAUGCAUUAUGACCAUACGAAAAAGUUGAUCUUCGAUUUCAUUCUACUGCUUUUCGUGACACGCCAAAAACGUAUAUUCCGCAUUGAGUUGCGUUACGGCGAUCAGUACGCCGGCGGUUCGAAUCGCAAUGUGGUCAAAGAUAUUGAAAAUUUGGGACGCGUGGCGUUUAUAAAUCCUACAAAUGAUUUCCUAUCGCACGUACGCAACUAUUUGGAUAUCUUCAUGUACGCCGUGUUGUGUGGCUUCUUUUGGGUCACAUUGGCCACGGUGUUCUUGGCCGGCACGAAUAUGAGCGAUUUCCUCACAUUGGGUUAUCUGAUUGGCGCCUUCAUCUUCCUAUGGGAGGGCUCCGAUUUCUAUUUGCGUCCCAUACAACAAAUUAUCGGCCGUUGGCGUUGGCUGCUGGCUUAUAAUGUCUUCAAUAUUGUUGUGAAGACAUGUCUCGAAAUGGCCGGUUGUCUAUUUUUGAAAGAUCUAACUAAGCAUUGCUGUUGGCUUGUGCAUUUAUUGGGCGUAUCAUGUCACUUUCCCACGGAACCUAUUAUGAAUGAUCCACUGAGUAAGGACGACUCGGAUUGUCCGGAGAUAAAUAAAUCAUCGAUGCUGAUGUGGGACACCAUCUGCUUCGCAUUCCUUAUACUACAAAUGCGCAUAUUUAAGUCACAUUACUUCUGUCAUCUGAUUAUCGACACGAAGGCGAACAGCAUUUUGGCGACCAGAGGCGCUGACAUAAUUGAGGACCUGCGUCAGAAGCAAAUCGAACAUCGUCAGCAGCAUGAAAAUGAGAUUUUGGUAAAGAUCAAGCGUAAGAUGGAGCGCAUACGCGCCACACAACAAAAAAUGUUGAAACCCAUUGACAAACCCACACAUUUCGAUGGUAAGUUGAAUUUUCACAUUUUGAUACUCGUAGCGCCGUUGGCGCAUCAAAGUAGUUUCGCCUCGUGCCAGGGCUCCGGGUAUCACACACCCGACGACGAUGAUACCAGCGACUCGAGCUCAACUUCGCGAACGCAUAGCAGCAGCAGCAGCGGCAGUAGCAGAAAGAGCAAGAAAAAUGGUGAGAAGAUGCGUCGCGAUAAGCGCAUGCGCCAUGAUGAUGAUAGCGGCAGCGAUACCAGCACCGAGGAGUGCGUGCACCUUAUCGACAAUGAUACGGUGCAGCACAAGAUACGCAUUGAGUUCGCCGAUUAUGGCGGCUCCGAGGCGGCUGCCGACUAUGCCGAUGUGCUUUCACAAAGCGAGGCCACCGACAACGCGCUGGCCGAGGAUGUUGCUAUUGCUAUGCGCUUGCGUUUGCCAGAAAUCGGUAUUCAACCGCAUACGCAGCCCACCACGCCUACUUCGGAUCACACCACUAUACCGUUAGAUGGUUUUUUGGAUGUGCAACGAAUGUCAUUUGGCUCGGGACCCAAUUCGGAUUUGGCUGCCGCUAUACGCGAGGAGGACUCGGAGAUUUCGAAUGAGGUCUUCUCACCGCCCACUUAUGACUCCGUUCAGCAGCCCACAUUACUGCACACAUUAAUGGUGCCAGUGGCAACCUCAGCCAGCCUCAAUGUGAAUGUUAGCGGUGCCAGUUCAAAUAUCUCUUCGAAUUUGGUAACGGAUGGUGCCGCCGGCAGCACUGGUAGACAUCGUCGUCAAUCAUCGGUUAAUGUUGUGUCGUGGAAUGAAACGGUUUCGGUGCAAUGUGCACCCGAUGAAAAUACCGAUCCCGCUGAUGAACCUUCAGUGGAGGUGCCCGUUACAAUGCGUGAGAAGUCGCUGCAUCGUCGUCACCUCAGUCUCGGCAAUGCCACAUACCCGUUGGAUGAGGAGAGCAUGCUGCAGAAUGGUAAUCGCCGCUACAGCAAUGUGUCUUGGGCACGUGAUGCCGAGGCGCAGCGCACCAAAAUGCGUCCGCACAGUUGGGGACCCGUUGGUACGGCCUAUUAUUUGGAUUCGUUGAUGGGCGAACCCGUCGAUACGACGCUGCAUGGACAAUCUGUACGCGCUGGCGAUUACUAUAUGUUCGAGGAUGUUGACGAUAAGUUUGAAUUGGACGUGAUCGAUGAUGAGCAAGAUUUCCUCUCCGAGCAGGAGAGUGAGAAGAAAUUACAGCGACGUAAAACGGUCAUACACGUUUGGAAGGACAUACAAACCGCCGAAUUUCGUCGACAAGUCUAUAUGCGUCAGCGUUCGUACGCUUCGGCGCCCGGCUCACGCAUUGGUAUAAAAAUCGACGAAGAAUUAGAGAACGAAGACGCACAGGAGGCUGGCGCACGCACAUCAACACUCUCCGAGCCGCACGAUUACACGGUGCCGCCGCGUUCGGCCAGCGGCUUCUUUACGGACAUUAAACGCAAGUCCGAAUCGGAGCCAUCGACCAGCAAGGAAGCAAAAGAGGCUACCGAAAUGGAAGAAAAGAAAAAGAAGGGCGAUGUUGUCGAUUCCGAGGAGUCUGAAGAUGAUUUGGAAGCAAAUCCAAUUGUUCGUCUACUCGAAGGUUUCCUGGUGUCUGUGACAAUUGGCUUACAUCGCUUGUCACGCAAUUACCGUUAUGUUAAUAAGAUAAUGUCGAAUGAAAAGCGUUUAUUGAAGGAAACUCAUAGCGUCAAUUUGGUCUAUGCCACGGACAGCUCCGUCUAUGUGGACAUCAAGAGUUUGUCGCCAAAUGCUGAAAAUGCCCAACUCGCUGGCUCGAUCGGCUCGGCAUCGAUUGACACACAAAAUGAAACGAAUACACGACCAUUACCACAUAGUAUAACGAAUGUAACCGAUUUGAAUACGAUCACCUCAGACACUAGCCCACCUUCACCCUUAGAAUCACACAUAAACAAUACACAAGAGCAACAACAACUAGAGCAAACAGCGGAUCCACAUGCCAUUAUUGAUAUGUCAGUGGAUACUGUGGAUAUGCGAAAUGAUAGUUAUGACGAGGAUGGCACGUCCAUGCAAAAAUCUCAUAAUUCGGUAGACUUGCCAAAGAUUUGCAUUAAGGCACCUUCAUUCGAUUGCAGUAACAACUAUGUGGGGAUGUUGAGUAAGCAAUGGUCAUAUGAAAAGAUGGACAGCCACAGCUUGGUCAUGCUGGAGGAAGAUUUUACUGCACGUGAGCACAAUAUCAUCAUUGAGUUCCUCAUUUCACUUUGGUAUGCCUUGCUCUCGAAUACGGACAUAAUCUGCUAUUUGGUCGUGUUUAUUAAUCAGGUGGUUAAUGCCAGCAUCAUUUCGCUACCGCUGCCUUUAAUGGUGUUCCUUUGGGGCACACUCUCAUUGCCGCGCCCAACGAAAACAUUCUGGGUCACACUCAUCGCCUACACACAAGCGAUUGUGCUCAUCAAAUGCAUAUUCCAGUACAAAUUGAUUUGGGCCAAUUAUAUAAAUCUACCGAACGAGCCAUUGGCGCCGGCAAAAAUAUUCGGCGUGGAAUUGAAUCCCAAUUACGCUAGCUAUGACUUGUUGUUGCUGUUGGUGUUGUUCUUCCACAGAUUCAUCUUGAAAUCGCACGGCCUCUGGAAGUCGGAAUAUAAAUUCCCUCGUGGCGUCGCUAAAAUAGACUCGCGAACGCAGCCCGAAAAUCCGGACGAGUUACAGUCCUCUGUUAGCAGAAUAAACACAAUUGAGUAUCUGGAAGGCGAAGCUGCCAGUAAUAACACGCCUGGUUCCGCAGAUGGCGUCCGACGACGUAGUAAAAAAGAUAGACGCAGCGAGAAUAAUGAGGAAAAUGGUGGCAAUGAAAAGAAAGAGAACGGCAACGACAAUAGAAAAGAAGGUGGUGCCGAAUCAGAGAAUAACAAGCAAAUUGUCAAGGCAACUGCCACAGAUGAAGUGGAGCCUAGAAGCGACAGAAGCAGCGUUGUGAGUUCGAAUACCUAUCAGCGACGACUGAAACACUUAAAACGCGCCAAGUACCUGUCAUCUGUGCGGAAAUUCUUCUCGAAUUUACUCUCAAAAUCGCGACUGCCAGCCGAUGUGUAUGCAUUAAUGUUCCUAUGCGAUUUUAUCAAUUUCUUCGUGCUGCUGUUUGGCUUUACAGCUUUUGGUUCUCAACAAUCUGACAGCGCUGGCGGCGUACAAACCUAUUUGGAGGAGAAUAAAGUGCCGAUACCCUUCCUAAUUAUGUUGUUGGUGCAGUUCAUGCUGAUCGUCAUCGAUCGCGCCUUGUACUUGCGUAAAGCUCUUUUGCACAAAAUCAUAUUCCAUUUCCUCUCCGUCAUUGGCAUACACAUUUGGAUGUUUUUCAUUGUGCCCGCAGUAACGGAACGCAGUUUCUACUCGCUGGCGCCACCGAUUAUUUUCUACAUCAUCAAAUGCUUCUACAUACUGUUAUCCUCAUAUCAAAUCAAAUGCGGUUAUCCCAAACGUAUCUUGGGCAAUUUCCUAACCAAGAGUUUCUCACUAAUCAACAUGUUGUCCUUCAAAGUUUACAUGGCAAUACCGUUCUUAUACGAGCUGCGCACAAUACUCGACUGGGUCUGCACGGACAGCACAAUGACGCUCUUCGAUUGGCUGAAAAUGGAGGACAUAUUCGCGGAUAUAUAUUUCAUUAAGUGCAGUCGGCAAAUGGAAACUGAUUUCCCUGCCAUACGCGCGACGAAGAAACCGAUUUUAACUAAACUAAUUAUGGGUGGCCUAUUCAUAAUCGCCAUUGUGAUCGCACUUUGGGGUCCCUUGUGCAUCUUUGCGCUCGGCAAUGCAGUGGGUCAAUCGAACACACCACUGCAGGUGAGCAUUUCCAUACGUAUCGGCUCGUAUGCGCCGAUCUAUCAAACGAAUACGCGCGAUAAUAUUAUCGCCUUCGACGAGGCUAUGUACAGUGACAUGAAAGGUGCCUAUGAUAAGGAUCGUGCGGCGAUAACAUUCCUUAGCAGCUAUGAUGCAACUGAUAUUGCGGCAAUUAAGCUGCCCGGCAAUUCGCCAUCGCUGUGGAAUAUCUCACCGCCAGACCGUAUGCGUUUGCUGGAGGAGUUGAAGCAGAAUGGCACAAUUGUCGCUAGCUUUGCUUACUCGAUUACACGCAUACCGCCCGAUAAGAGCUUAAUGGGCACAGUUUCGGAUGAGAUUAUCUUCCAGAUGAACGAGACAUUUGCUUGGCGUGAAGAUCUGAUCAAUAUGUUGGAGACAAAUGGCACCUCGAAAGUGGUGCCGUUGCCCGAUUUGGUGCCGAAGUUUGUGAAGAUCUUAAAUUCUGGUGAUGUCAGCAUCGUGCAUCAACUAAUGCCAGUUGGACAAACCUAUCGCCCGCUGCUACUGCGCAUGCGCACAAGUUCUUCGGCGCGAAUCUGGUGGGAGAUCGCAGACUUUUGCGAGGAUAAAUUCCACGAGGAUAUAUUGAAGAAAUUACCUUUGGAUAAAUGCAAUUCUGGCAUUGUCAUAUAUACAUUCAAUGACAAGAAGUUCCCGUCUACAUUCAGUUUUAUAACGAAAGGCGGCAUUCUUGGCGUGUACACAACGUUCGUGAUUGUGGCUUCACGCUUCUUCAAGUCCUUCAUCGGUGGACAAAAUCGCAAAAUUAUGUUCGAAGAUAUGCCUUAUGUGGAUAGAGUGUUACAAUUGUGCCUUGAUAUCUAUUUGGUGAGAGAAGCGCUUGAAUUCGCGCUCGAAGAGGAUCUAUUCGCCAAAUUAAUCUUCCUAUAUCGCUCGCCGGAGACGAUGAUAAAGUGGACGCGCCCCAAAGAGGAGGCCGACGAUGAAACCGACUCGGAGUCGAUGCGCAGUCGCGCCAGUGGACGUGCGCCUAGAUAAAAUGUAGACUAAUGUUAAACGCACUGAUUUUCUCACUUAACAAACAAAACUCGAAAAUAUUUCACACACCAUUUACAUACGUACAUACGCAUAAGUCUUACAAUACUUAAUUCUACAUUUCGCUACACAAACAAGAAAACAAUUUUGUCGUUUUUUAAGCAUAUUUAAAUACUUUUUCCCCCUUAAUAGCAUAUCUAACUGUUUAUUCUAACAGCAACUGCGUUUUUAUAUAGAUUUUUAUCUUUACAUGAUUAUAAUGUUUCCCAAAAAUAAAAUUGCGAAGAUUUUAGUUAGUUUUGGAGGCAACAUUUUUUUUUAUAAAAAUACCUUAAAUAGUGGAAGAGUUGUAUAAAAUGACUUAUGGCUAUCUUUCAUUGUAUGAAUUGUAAGCGGAAGCCCAGUAAAAUAUUUAAAGUUGAGAUUUUUGACCGCAAAUACUAAAAUUUAGAUUGGAAAUUGAAUUAUUGUCAUUUAUUCUAGCUAUUAACCCUUUAGUGAACACUGCAUCUUUGGAAAGCUCUCAAGGAAUUGAAGACUUAAAUUUUCUUUAUACUUCAAAAUUUGUUUAUUGCUUAUGUUUUUAACUAAAUUCUCGCUGUAGGUGACCGGUUUUCUAUAUUUAAGUGAUCUGUAGUACCGCAGCGUGCAUUAAAGGGUUAAGAAAGUUUAAAAAAUAUUUUUGUUUUAAUAAUUGUGAAUCAAUUAAUAAUUUAAAAUUAUCUUUGAAUUAAUAUUUGAAUUAAUUUAAUUUAAUUUAAAUUUAAAAUUAUUUUUAAUUAAUAUUUAAAUUAAGUAUUAGUUAAUUUUUCAAUUAUGAAUAUUGUAACCCCUUUUGUCUAUAUUUAAGCAUAAACCAGAGAAUAAUUCUGAGCUUUUAAAAUCAUUAUUGAGAAUUCUUAAAAUUAUUAAAAAUGAUAGUCAUAUAAUUGCUGCUAUUAACUUAUAAUUUUUUAUAUAAAAAACAAAAAAUAAUUUCUAAUUUUUGUUUUUUUUUGAAAUUAAUUUAAUUCUUUUUCAAUUUUGGGAAACAUUAUCCAAACGCGCUUUCGAGUUCAAUUUUUUUUCUUUUUAUUCUUGUUUUCAAACAUUACCUACAGUUGCAUUCAUAAACUCAGAACCCAAUACACGCACAGACGCAUACACACACACACAUGCAUACAUGAAAAUACCCCAAAAGAACUGCCGUUAAUUAAUGUUGUAAACUAUUUUUUAUUACAAAAACCAAAAACAAAAACAAAAACUGGAUAAUAAGCUAAGUAAUGAAAAGGCUCUGCUCGAUUAGAAAGAAGCGGGUGGGUAGUAGGCGGGGCAUAUUUUGUAAUUGUAAGCGAAAAGCAACAGAAACAUAUUAAUUUUGAUGUUUGUAUUUAGAAUAGCGUUUACCGUUACGCAAUAAUAAAAUCGAAGAAAUUAAACAAAUAAAUAAAUAGAACAAAAAUAGCAACAACAAUAACAAAAAUUCGGAAUAAGGCGAAUAUACUGCUUAAAUAGUAGUA